AUGAACUUAUCCGGGAAAGGUGUUCUUGUAGCAAGAGUUAUUGUACAGCCAAAAGAACAGAGGGUACCCAUCCAGAUUAUUAAUCCAGGGACAUCACCUAUUAAGUUGUACAAGGGCAUGACUGUUGGGCAACUUCAGCAAGUUGGUGAUGAGUUAAGAGACCCAACAUUUAUUAAUUCAAAGUGUGGUACAUCAUCUGCCGAGGAUAAGAUCAAAUUUAAGUUAGAGCAUCUGUCGGGUGAGGAGCGAGAGAGGAUGGAAAAUUUGUUGAAUAAACACCAAGAUGUUUUCGCGAAAAAUUCUAGUGAACUUGGCGUAACCACACUAGCAGAGCAUAAGAUUGAGACAGGCGAUGCCGUACCUGUUAAACAGCUGCCUCGAAGACUGCCCAAUUCUUUGAGAACCGUUGUUGAAGACCAAGUAGAAGAAAUGUUGGAAAACAACAUAAUUAAGCCGAGUAAUUCACCAUGGUCAAGUCCUAUAGUCUUAGUUCGAAAGAAAGAUGGGACAUGGCGUUUUUGUAUUGAUUUCAGGAAACUAAAUGAUGUCACAGUGAAAGAUGCUUUCCCACUUCCCCAGGUUGCUGAUUUGAUGGAUAACUUAGCUGGUCAUCAAUAUUUUUCGACACUCGACCUAGCCUCGGGAUAUUGGCAGGUUCCAGUUGACGAAUCUAGUCAGGAGAAAACAGCUUUCGUGAUUCCAGGGGGUGGUCACUUUGAAUUCCUGCGUAUGCCCUUUGGCCUAACGAAUGCUGUGCCCACGUUCCAGCGACUUAUGCUUGCUGUGUUGAAUGGUCUUUUGCCACUCAAGUGUCUGCUUUACUUAGAUGAUGUUUUGGUCGUGGGUCGCACGUUUGACCAACAUUUGGAGAAUUUGGACGAUGUCUUGCAGGCUAUAGACAAAGCUGGAUUGAGACUUAAGUUGUCCAAGUGUAGUUUUGCGAAGCCAAGUGUGGAUUUCUUGGGUUUUACCGUUUCUGCUGCUGGUCUGGCCCCAAAUGUGACCAAAGUUGAAGCAAUCCGUGCUUUUCCUACCCCACAGAAUCUCACUGAGUUGCGACGUUUCCUGGGUAUGGCCUCUUACUACAGGCGUUUUAUUUCUGGUUUCAGUGACAUUGCAGGUCCUCUUCAUCGUCUGACGCAAAAAGGUGUCCGCUUUGAUUGGGACAAGAACUGUCAACGAGCGUUCGAACAACUGAAAGAACAACUUAUAUCUGCCCCUGUUUUGGCAUUUCCUGACUUAAAUGGAGACUAUAUAUUGUAUACGGAUGCGAGUGAUGUGGGCAUAGGCGCAGUGCUGACCCAAAAGGAUGAAAAUGAGGAAGAAAAAGUGGUUUCUUUUGCAUCUAAGGCAUUUUCGGGUGCUGAAAAGAACUGGACAACAACAGAAAAGGAAGCAUUUGCAGUGUUCUGGGCUUUACAAUACUUUCACCCAUAUGUCUAUGGGAGAAAGGUCACCAUAUAUACUGAUCAUAAGGCUUUGAAAUGGCUUCGAGACAUCAAACAUCCAAAUGGUAAAUUAGCUCGUUGGAUCUUAAAAUUGGACGAAUAUGACUAUACGAUAGAACACCUACCUAACACGAAAAUGCAGCAUGCGGAUGCCUUGUCUCGUGCACCUGUGAACACUAUCUUGGUUUCAAUGUCAACCUGGCAAGAGUUUGAAGACAUGCAAACGUUCGACGAGGAUAUUCAGUUGGUUAAAGAAUGGGUGCAAAGUGGUUCUAGACCAGAUCAAAAACCGGUUGAUGUGAGUGUAACUCUAGAUACAUUAUACAAGAAUUUUGAUUCAUUGGUUGUCAAAAAUCAUGUCUUAUGUCGAAAGUGGGCUGAUAAGACAGCAAAGGAACGAGAGCAAAUUGUGGUACAGUACUGCCAAGAAAUAACUUAUCAAAAACCGCGUCCAAGACGCGGGCAUCUUGCGUCCACUGUGCGUCCACGGGCGCCCGCGCGUGCGUCCGUCCUGCGGGCGCCGUGCGUCCAUCGUGCGUCCACUGUGCGUCUGCGGGCGCUUGCGGGUGCGUCCACUGUGCGGGCGCCAUGCGUCCGCGUUGCGUCUGCGGGCGAGGACGCAGCUGAGAAAGAGUUCUAUUCGUAGAUCGUCGGAAAUUAUCGCGUUUCGCUUUUCAUAAACAAACCGUGGGCGUCGGAAAAUAUUCAUGUUAGCGAUUUCACACCACGUUUUAUGCUUAUACACAAGCGUUGCAGACCUAGAAUCCUAGAUAUUUAUAUUUCUAUUUCUAACAAUAAACUUACCGUGAAUUUUCAGAAUUUGUGCUUCGUAAAGUUCCUUUUCGUAUUUGAUCUCUACUUUCGCACCUUCGUAUAACGUUUGGUUUAAAUCCAGUAAUCUUUUAACGUUGCCGGUUGGCAAAAUGCACGUAUGGUUUUAUAUCUUCUUCGAAGAAAAUCAAAAUACGUUUUGGUUGACAAGUUAGCGAUCUAUACCUCAUUUCAUUAGUCUGAUAGUAAUACGGAUCGAGUGAUAUUAGUCUGAGCUCUUCACUUCAGCUUUAGCGAAUUAUACUGCAACUUUGAAAAUCAAGCGAUGAGUCACACUCAUUGAACCGUGUUGAAACACAAAGACUGUUUCCUGGACAUGUAAAGGUAUUCCAUGUCAUUUAUCCAGAAAUUAUAUGGUAAUUAUCAAUUUAUAUGACAUAUCACCAUGUGCAUUUACUGCUUUGGAAAAACAACACAAACUUGUUGCUGUAAAUAAAAUUAUAUAGUGGCUCGUAGUAAUGGUAUUUUAUAUGAAAAAUCAAAAGCAUUAUGUAUAUUGUAAAUGAGCAUCUUCGUUUUAAUAUACUGACGAGUUACGGAGACAUAACAUUAUUCAAAUACAGAAUUGCAUAUCAACUAAUCGGCAAUCUUCUACGAGGUAAGUCUGAAUUUGAGUAGCAAAUGAAUGUGUUGCGAGAUAUAUACUCGUUGUAGUCGUGAUCUCACUGAGUUUAGUAUAUGUGGCUACAUUAUAUUUAUAUACAGUUUAUGUCUAUUUUACGCUCCAAUAUACAGUCAUAUACGCUUCAAUCGCGACUCAGGUACGUGUGAUUGCAUUGUGAAAGCACUACGCUUACUGUAGUAUAACGUAUAACAUUAUAAAAUGGUUAUACUAAGUGUAACGCUUAGUUUAAAUGAAACUCGAUUUCGGAUUCAACUUUUUAUUCUUUGCUUCUCCGAUCAGUGACACUGAUCUGUAUUCUCACGACAAACUACGAGUAUGAUGCAAAUAUUAGUUCGUUUUUCCGAUUAUGUUACGACGACUGCAUCCAAGCGGACGCAGUUUUUAACUAGAGGCCGGACGCGGGCGCUUUGGAGGCAGGACGCGGGCAGAGCAGACGCAAGACGCGGGCGUCGUGGAGGCCGGACGCGGGCGCUCAGGAGGCAGGACGCGGGCAGAGUGGACGCAAGACGCGGGCGCUCUGGAGGCAGGACGCGAGCAGACGCGGGGACAAGUUAUUUCUUGGCAGUACUGUACCUACCUAUCUAACUCCUAACAUACUGAAAGAAGCCCACUGUCAAGUUGGACAUUUAGGUGUUGCAAAAACGUUUGAGAUGAUUCAACGGAAGUUUUAUUGGCCUGGAUUCUUUAAAGCUGUUGAAGAAUUUUGUAGAAAUUGUGAAGUUUGUUCCAAAAAUAAAGCAGUACCUAGGCCGCGGAGUCCGAUGAAGCCAAUCGAAGUGAUACCCAUACCAUUUUAUAUGAUUGGUGUAGACAUUAUUGGUCCAUUAAAAACAACUAGUAGAGGAAACAAAUACAUUUUGUCAGUCGUUGAUUACUACACAAAGUACGCAGAGGCAGUAGCAUUGCCAAAUCAAGAAGCAGUUACAGUUGCGAGAGCCCUGGAAGACAUCUUUGCUGGACAUGGAAUGCCCUCAGUCCUACUAACAGAUCAAGGCAGUAAUUUUGAGUCCAAAGUGAUUGCAAGUCUAUGUGAAAUGUUUGGAAUUGAAAAGAGACGGACUACAGCCUACCAUCCCCAAACAGACGGGUUAUGCGAGCGGUUUAAUGGUAUUCUGAAAUCCUUGUUGAGAAUGAGAGUAAACAAAGAGAAAAAUGAUUGGGACGAGCAGCUUCCACAUGCGUUACUGGCUUAUCGGGUUAGUACGCAAUCCUCUACGGGUGUGACACCAUUCGAAAUGUUAUAUGGUAGAGAAGUGAGAUUGCCGUUUGGAACGGAUCAAGAAAAACUGGUAUCUAGCCCAACACAUGGUCCAGCCAAAUACGUUGAAGAGUUAAAGAAGAGACAAGAUAUUCUCCGGAAAUUGGUUACUAAAAGGAUCGAGAAAGCGCAAGAGAAGCAGAAACGUAGUUAUGAUUUACGAUAUCGAGCACAACAAAACAAGCGGUUUUACAUGGGGGACACUGUUCUAUUAAAGAAUUUUCGAGCGCGAGGUUUAGAUGAAAAGUAUACGGGUCCUUACAUCAUUGUUAACAUUCGAGAGAACGAUUGCGAGAUAGAGUCAUUGGAAAGCAGAAAGCGUAAAGUUGUACAUGCGAAUAAUCUAAGACGGUUUGUCGUAGAAACAGUUGCUAAUCCAUUGGGUGAGGAAUCGGAAGACAUGCUAAGUUCUGAUUCGGAUGAGUCUACGAUUGAACUUAUUAAUGAGCGUGCUGGAGUACGUAUAGCACCACGUGGAAUCGAUGAUCAAGCAGAACCAUUAAAUUUACGUUAUAACUUAAGACAGAAUCGAAGACAACCCGAUCGUUAUGGAGUACCUGUGUUGGAUUAUUAA